AUGCCAAUCUGUUUUAUUUUGGGAAAUAUCGGUAAUUGUUUUAAUUUAAUUGUAUUUGGUCAACGUUCAUCACGAUCAAAUUCGUGUUUACUUUAUUUCUUAUCUGCAUCAGUUAUUAAUAUAGUCAUUAUAAAUUUUGGCCUUGUACUUCGUAUUGUUCGUGGCUUAUGGAAUAUUGAUCCGAGUGCCAACUCUCUAUGGUUUUGUCGCUGGCGUCUUUAUUUGACCAGCACUUCCUUUCUAAUUUAUCGAUAUUCAAUUGUACUUGCAUGUAUUGAUCGAAUGUGCGCUAGUUCAAGACACGCAUGGAUGCGUAGUGUGAGUCGGACACAAGUGGCAUAUCGUUUGAUUGCUAUUAAAUGGAUUCUAUGCUUUGCCUAUUUUACACCCAGUUUAGUGUUUCCUGUUAUACGCUUUGGUCAAUGUGUGAUACCACCAGGUACCACUUACGCUACCUAUUUACCUAUAGUCACACUUAUUCAAGCAUUCUUGAUACCGUCGACCAUGAGUAUAUGUGGCUUGAUCACUUUUACUCAUUUAAAAUCUAUGCAAUCACGUGUUGUGCCCACGAAUACUGAUGCAAAUGAUACACGUAAAAAAGUUAGUCAAUAUAUCAUUAUGUUAUUCGUUCAAGUGGCUUGUGAUUGGUUGGGCAACCUAUCGUAUCCAUGUUAUCUAAUCUUUAGUCUUAUUUUUCCUGCACCACUAACGCCUCUAAUGACUGCGAUCGCUUCAUUCUGGAUCAAUAUGUCGACCACCAUACCGUUUAUAAACUAUAGUGCAGCGUUUUAUUUACAUACACUUUCAAGCCCAGCAUUCAGACUAAAAUUGCUUCGCUUUAUUGGACAAAUAAUGUGGUUUCAACGACUCAUACGUCUUAAUAAUGAACCGCAAAAUACUCAAACAAUGGGUAUGAUUACAAUGCGCGGUAGAACUGCAAACGCUGUCGAUCACCAAAGAAUCCAACAAUAUGAUGAAACAGUCUAA